AAUCAAGAGGAGAAUAAAUAAAAUUAUCGUUUGUUUUUUUUUAUCCCAUGAUAUUUCUCCACUGGGCGGAUUUUUUGUCGGUCAGGUGAGACCUCGUCUUUAGACUCUUAAGCGCUGCGUUUUCAUGGAAUAAACUGCGAAUCUUUGAACGGAGGAAAUUUGAAGAGACAAUGAAUCGGCAAGUACUGGCCUUUCUCUCUCUCUCUUUCAUCAAUGCAGCAUUUGCGCAGAUCAUCUAUUCUGUUCCAGAGGAAAUGCCAAAAGGUUCUUUACUGGGAAAUAUCGCUCGGGAUUUAGGGCUGGAUAUUAAACGUUUUAUUUCAGGCAAAGCAAGGAUCCAUACGAGGAGCAGCGACGAGUACGUGGAGCUGAACCGGGAGAGAGGACUCCUCCUUGUUAAAGAAAAGAUCGACAGAGAGGCGCUGUGCGCAGAGACGGAGCUUUGUUCUCUAGAAUUCCAGAUCAUUUUGGAAAACCCAAUUGAAUUUUUCAUGGUCACAGUCCAGAUCACAGAUAUUAAUGAUCAUCCGCCUACUUUUGAGAAAGGGGUAAUUCAAUUCAAAAUUAGCGAGUCUGCAGUAACUGGGGCAACAUUCGUUCUAGAAAGAGCGGUGGAUGACGAUGUUGGAAUUAAUGGGGUAAAAAAGUAUGAUUUAAAACCAUCAGACCAUUUUGCUCUGAAGCUCCACAACAGCGCUGAUGGAAACAAAAACGUAGAGAUGGUUUUACAGAAGCCUUUAGACAGAGAGAAGCAGGAGCAGAUCAAUCUGGUGUUAACGGCUGUAGAUGGAGGAGAGCCGCAGAUGUCAGGAACGAUGCAGAUUGUUAUUACAGUCUUAGACGUUAAUGAUAAUGCUCCUGUUUUUACACAGAAAACAUACAAAGCUACAGUUACUGAAAACUCACCUAAAGGCACCGUUGUUGCUACAGUUACAGCAUCAGAUUCAGAUGAAGGCUCCAACAGUAAAAUAACAUAUUCUAUCACUAACACACAAGGAAAUGUAAGAAAAAGUUUUGAAAUAAACCCAGAAAACGGUCAGGUUUUUUUAACUGGAAACAUUGAUUUUGAAAGGAAUAAACAUUUUCAAGUAAAUAUAGGAGCAACUGAUGAUGGAGGGCUGACAGAUUCAUGUAAAAUUAUUGUUGAAGUGACAGAUGUUAAUGACAACAAGCCUGAAAUUAGCAUAAUGUCAAAAUCAAAUAUAAUCUCGGAGAAUGUUGAGAUCAAUACAGUUGUUACAGUAAUAAACAUAGAGGACUUAGAUUCUGAAAACAAUGGAAAGGUUGAAUGUUUCAUUGGAGAAAAUUUACCAUUUAUCUUAAAAUCAUCCUCAAAUAAUUUCUAUAGUUUAGUGAUGGACAGCGAGUUAGACAGGGAGAGAGCCUCUGAGUACAACAUCACGGUGAGCUGCUCUGAUGAAGGAGUGCCCUCCCUCUCCAGCAGCGUCACUCUCACCUUACAGAUCUCUGAUGUGAACGACAACGCGCCUGUCUUUGAGAGGAGCUCAUAUGAGGCCUACAUUGUAGAAAACAACACACCAGGUCUCUCUAUAUUCACAGUGAAAGCCACAGACGCUGACUGGAACCAGAAUGCCCGUGUUUCUUACAUACUGGAGGACUCCUCCGUUAACGGAGUUCCGGUCUCCUCAUAUGUGUCCGUUAGUGCUGAUAGCGGAGUCAUCCACGCAGUGCGCUCUUUUGACUACGAGCAGAUCAAAGACUUCCGGUUUCACGUUAAAGCGCAGGAUGGAGGCUCUCCUCCUCUCAGCAGCAACGUGACUGUGAAAAUACUGAUCCAGGACCAGAACGAUAACCCCCCUCAGGUCCUGUACCCGGUCCAGACUGGAGGCUCCGUGGUGGCUGAGAUGGUGCCUCGUUCAGCAGAAGUGGGCUAUCUGGUGACUAAAGUGGUGGCUGUUGAUGUGGACUCUGGACAGAACGCCUGGCUCUCCUAUAAACUGCAGAAAGCCACAGACAGGGCGCUGUUUGAAGUGGGCUUACAGAAUGGAGAAAUCAGAACUAUCCGUCAAGUGACUGAUAAAGAUGCUGUGAAACAAAGACUGACUGUUAUAGUGGAGGACAACGGCCAGCCCUCUCGUUCAGCUACAGUCAUUGUUAACGUGGCGGUGGCGGACAGCUUCCCUGAAGUGCUGUCGGAGUUCACUGACUCUACACACGACAAGGAGUACAAUGACAACCUGACAUUUUACUUAGUCUUGGCUCUGGCUGUAGUUUCCUUCCUCUUCAUCACCUGUUUGGUGGUUAUCAUCUCAGUGAAAAUCUACAGAUGGAGACAGUCUCGCAUCCUGUAUCACUCCAGCCUCCCUGUCAUUCCAUAUUAUCCACCACGUUACUCAGACACGCUGGGGACAGGAACUCUCCAACAUGUGUACAACUACGAGGUGUGCAGGACCACUGACUCCAGAAAGAGUGACUGUAAGUUCGGCAGAGCUGCUAGUCAGAACGUGUUGGUAAUGGACCCCAGUUCUACAGGAACCAUGCAGAGGAUGCAGGGUGAGAAGAGCAUCCUGGAUGAGCCUGACUCUCCUUUAGAGGUUAGUUGUCUUUAAACAUUCCACCUACAAUAUUUUAUAUUAGGUUAGACGACUAUGCUUUUUUUCUUCCAUUUGGAGGGUUUGUUUUAUUUAAACCUUUGGAAUCAAAAUAUAAAUCACAUGCUACAAUCAUUAGGUCAUUUCCAAACUGACAUCCAUAUCUCAUGCAUAGUACGCUCAAUUUGUUGAGGGGGUUGUCCAUCAGACCUUUGUCGGAUCGAUCCCGGUUCCUGCCAGAGAAUGCUGCGGUUGUGUUCUUGGGUAAGACACAACCCACCUUGCCUGCUGGUGGUGGUUGAAGGAACUGGUUGGGCCAGUGUUUGGCAGCCUCGCUUCCAUCAUUGCACCACAGGGAACCUGGGGCUAUAUUUUAAGUCAUCAGCAGCAGCGUGUGAGUGUGUAGAUGACUUAUCGUUGUGAACUGCCUUGGAGGGUUGUAGAACCUUAGAAGGCACCAUACAGAAACAAGUCCUUUAUCAUUCAUAAUAGUAACAUGUUGUUUAAUUAACAGUAUCUGUAAAACAAACACAAGAUACUUGAAUUCAAUUGUUUGGUGUCUUUAAAUAAUAUUUUACACAUAUUUUGUUUGGCAUGUUUGUAGGACAGAAUCCAGUGCUUAAAUAAUUUUAUGUUUUCAUUGCAGUUAUGAUGAACUUGAGUGAGUACUGUAAUCUUCCUGAAAUCUGUACAAGGUCUCUAGCAUAUAAACUGAAGUAUUCAUUUAGCAUUUUUUUAUAAUCAAUGUUGGGCUUUCUUUAGACAAGUUUCCAGUGAUCAGACACAGGUUGAUCACUUCCUUGAACUUGUAAUAUAUAUAUAAAACCUCUUUAAUUAGCAUAACUCUACUUCAAAUGGUACAUUAGUUAUGUUUUUAUGAAUCAGACUCUCCUAGAGAGGUCAAUUUUGAAAGAGUUUCUCUUCCCUAAAUAAGGUGUUCAGCCAGUUUAUUUUCUCUUUUCUGUUCAUGAUAGAAUCUAAAUUCAUCUCCUUUAAAAAAUGUAUGUAAACAAAAGCGUCCUGUUAGAGGGAAUAGCUUUACAUAAGUUUCAGUAGAGUAACAAAUUCAAUUUUACAUUCCUACAACCUAACUAUCAUGAUUAUAAUAUAUAGUUUUGGUUAGUUUAUUGCUUGUUUGCUUGUUUGUUUGUGGUCGGCUCCUAAACAGUUUUCAUUCAGCUUGUUGGUUCUUUCAGGACCUUGGACAGCAACAUUCAUUGUAGUAGUAGUACCAACCUUUAUGUGUCUUGUUAAACUUCGCCUUUUCACUGCGUGCUUAACCUUUUAAUCAUAAUGACUAAAUCAAGUGUUUAAUUUUUGAAUUUUAUAAAGCAAUAUAUACAAAAAAAGAGAAAUUAUCAUUUUAUAAGUUCAUCAGCAUGUGUGUUCUGAAAGUUUCAAUCGGCAUGUUUCUUUCUCUUUCGCUCUCUCAUUUUCUGAAACUGUGUUAUGUUCUUUGGUCUGAGACAAUCUUCAGUUUUACCACAAACAAGCCAUAUAUUAUUAUGUUUUUAAUAGUUAAUAUUUAUUUCUCCCGCAUUGCUGUUGUGAGGUUUCCAGAAGAUCAAAUGAGCGAUUUCUAACUAAACUUGACAUAAUUUUUCACUAAUCUAAAAAAAAGGUACGGGAAUAUUUGUUUUGACUUACGUUUGUCUUCCAUAAAGCGUUUGGUGAACUUGGUUGUUUUUCUGAUUUAGUUAAGUUUGGUAAACUAGACAUGAACUCUACAUUUCUUUGCUAGUUGUACCUAACAGGAUCUGUUUGUUUAUUAUUUUAUUUAACUUUUUUAAGUGUUGUUUUCUUAUUCAUUUUUUUCUGUCUUU